AUGAAAGAAGUCGAUCUCCUCAUCCUCGGCGCAGGCUGGACCUCUUCCUUUCUCAUUCCCCUACUCUCCCAAAACUCCAUCUCCUUCGCAGCCACCACCCGAGAUGGCCGUAAAGUCGCUCACCACUCCACUCUGAAAUGGACCUUCAACCCCGACUCCUCUGACUCCUCCUCCUCCUUAUCGUCAGAAAAGAGCCAAUUCUCCUCUCUCCCCCCAGCAAAAUCCGUCCUAAUCACUUUCCCUCUAACCUCCACCUCCCAAACCUCCCUCCUCGUAACCGGCUACACCAAAGCCCACCACUCCUCCUCCUCCUCCUCCCCACCAUCACAACCCCACUUCAUCCAACUCGGCUCCACAGGAAUCUGGCAAGGAAUUCCUCAACCCUCCAUCUGGACCACCCGCGCCUCGCCCUACGACACGUCGAACAAGCGCGCCCAAGCCGAAGACGAACUCCUCCGACUCGGCGGCAGCGUUCUCAAUCUCGCAGGUUUGCACGGUGGCAAAGAGCGGAAUCCGCGCAAAUGGGUCAAUCGAGUGGCUCCGCAAAAGGAUGAUGUACGAAAUAAGAAAUCUUUACAUCUCGUGCAUGGAGUGGAUGUGGCGAGAGGCGUGCUGGCCGUGUUGGGGAAAUGGGAUCGUGCGAGGGGUCAGAGGUGGAUGCUGACGGAUGGCUUGGUCUAUGAUUGGUGGGAGUUGUUUGUGGGAUGGGCGGAUCAGGAAGAAGAGCAGAAGCAGCAGCAGCAGCAGCAGCAAGGAGAGACGAAUGGGGAGGAGGAGGAGAGAGAGAAACAGCCAAGUAAACAGGCCAAAUGGGUAUCCGAAUUAAUGUGGGAGGAGAAUGUAUUGGCUUUGCCCAGAAGUAUGGAAGUUCUCGGAAGAUGUUACGACUCGAGAGAUUUCUGGCAUACCUUUGAGUUGGCGCCUCUCAAGGCGAGGGUGUGA